AGACGCGUUAGCACAGACAGCAACGUCCCCAAUGCACAAUUUUGUGUGCAGUCGAAAAGCCAGACUCAGAGUCACAUGCAAUUCAUUCUCUAUAAAGUUUCAACUUUUUUACACUGUGUUUUUAAGCGUCGACCGCAGCUAGGAUAGAGAUGGUGCCUCGGGCUGUAUAUGUCAGCCUUCGCGCAAGCGAAGCGAGGGCUGAUGUGCGUACCUACAACAAGUUCACAGUCGUUGGGUCUAGAGUAGCGACUAGCAUUCGACGUCUUGCAGAUGAAUCUGACGGCACGAGCGCACAUAUAUCGACUGCCUGUCUUUGCAGGAGGCUCUCCCAGGGGAUAGAGGAAUGACUCAUGCGAUGGACGAAACGUCAAGCACGUGUCGACACACUGACAUUCAGACCUUCGAUUCGUUUCGUUGCUGCCUGUCUUGCGGCAAUCUCAUCACAGAACCGGCGUCGCCAGCUAUUUCAGAACUACCUUUCAAGUACGAACCGCUCCACUGCGAAAGCGAGCAAUAUGUCCGGCUAGUGCGUGUACAUCCAGGACAAAAGCAGGACGAUAUUGUAUGCGAGCUUGUCCACGUCAGUCUAAAAGGCGCAGAUGUUCCAGCUUACGAGGCGGUUUCUUAUACUUGGGCGACAACAGACGGUGAUGCAUCUCUCUCCCAAUCGAUUGUCUGUCAUGGGAAGAAACUCGCUAUUACAAAGAACUGUGAAGCAGCCAUUCGUUGCCUCAGAAGACGAGACCGCAAUCGUGUCUUGUGGAUCGAUGCUAUAUGCAUAGAUCAAGAGAGCACGACAGAGAGAAACCAUCAAGUCGGCCUAAUGGCUGAUAUCUAUUCGAAAGCCUCCCAAGUACUAGUCUACCUGGGCUGUCAUGACCCCGCAACAAUAUCGGUAUUCCUGGUUUACCUAGACAAACGAUGUCGAGGCAUCAUCACUGGAGCUCCCAGGAUCGAGAAGUCCUGGUUUCAAGAAUUCAUGCAACACCCAUAUUUUAACAGGGUCUGGGUAAUUCAGGAGAUAUCGCUUGCGAGGCUUGUCGUUGUUCACACGGAUAAUCAGACUAUCUACUGGGAUGCGCGUACGGUUCAGGAGCUCAUAUUACACUGCAAGAGGCUCAAUCACGAUCCUCCAGGUGUUUUACACUGGCUUCCUGCCACUCAAAGAGACGCGCACGGCUGUCUAGACGUGUUACAUCGGGCUCGCCGCUGUAUGGCCACCGAUCCGAGAGACAAGAUCUUCGCCCUGCAUGUUUUUCUCCCCACAUGCUUUCGAGAGGCUCUUCCAGUGAAUUACGCGAUGAGUACUGAAGAAUUUUACUCAAACAUUGCAAUCUAUCUCAUAUCUACAACGAAACGGCUAGAUGUUUUGAAGCAUGUACCUCCCUAUCAGCCUCUGGAACUUGACGCAAUGCCUAGCUGGGUACCAGAUUGGAGUGUACGUCAGUUCUUGGACAAGGAACUUCCGAGUUUCACAGUAUCGCAGAUGGGAAAGUUUACAGCAUUCCAAUCCAAUUCGAUAUCGACGAAUACUUCGUUAGGUUCUGGAAUGCCAUCAAUACCUGCACUUGCGGCACAAGACGAUCACCAGAUGAAGCCCACCUCUCAACACGAUGACUCAAUGCUAUGGUACCGGCAAACGAGCGCUCAUCACACCCACUCAACACAUAUCAAAAUUGACGCUAUGAGGUUCUCUGUGAUCCCUUGCUUGCGCAUCAGAGGCUACCGCCUAGACAAGAUCACUACGCACACAUAUGACGUCCCUUUUGGGGGGGAUAGUCAAUUCUUACAGCUGAUACGAGUGGACCCACCAAACACGCCUUUUCUCAAAUCUGCGGUGUGCCACUCUUGUAGCGAGAAUUUGGAAGAGAUGACUUGCGACGGAGCCUCAUCUGACAAACAUCGAGGUUACCAAUCGAGAGAACUCGCGCUUUUGCGUCGGGCGAUGAUGAGUCUGUGUGGAGAGAAGCAGGCGUUUCUGACUCAACAAUCAGUUGGGUUCGUUUUGUUUACACCAGUCCACAAUUCGUCGCAACCCAAACGAGUGAGGAGAGUGCAACCUGGGGACACAAUAUGGGCUCUAGAAGGACUCGACGUCCCGGUUGUUUUGCGUCGUGGAUUCAAAGACGGCAAAUCGCAUCAUAUUCUCCUUGGGCAAUGCUAUCUUCACAGAGCAGGGCUAGAUCAAGAGUGCCCUGUAUGUGGCUCGGCCUCGCAACCAUGGUCGAUGAAGUACAUGACUAUCGACAUUUGGUAGCGUUGAGAUUAGCUUGAAAAAAAGGUGCACUGAUAAACGAGCAUUGAAGUAACACUGAGCGGCAUUUCAAGAUUAUAAAU